UUUGAUAAAAAUAAAACAAAAUUGAAUAAGGAUUAAAGAUUUUCUUAUCUCUCGUGACAAGAGAGGAUUGAGCUACAGAACCACAGAAUGCAAAAUGGCCUCCUGGCAACUUCAGGCCACAUAUUUCAAAACAAGAAUUUGCCCACCCACAGCCAGGAGUUCAUUUUUCAUCUGUUGCUGCUAUUGAGGAUUUGUUCGGCGCAUGCGCAGCCUGAAACGCGCAUUGCCAUGGCAAUAACAAUUUGACGUUGCCCAAAGCAAACUGAAUAUCAAACAAAACAAACAGAAGAAGCUCGAAACACUAAAAAAGAUAAGAAAUGUUUGUCUAUCUGAGCAAAAAGAUAGCCAUACCCAACAAUGUCAAACUCAAUUGCAUUGCAUGGAACAAGGAGGAGGGCUACAUUGCAGUGGCCGGUUCGGAGGGAUUACUUAAGGUUUUAAAAUUGGAUCAGGCUGCUAAUGGUCAGAGUAAAGGUGGCUUGGCUGCUGUUUCCAAUUUAUCCAUGAAUCAGACAUUGGAUGGCCAUAAGGAAUCUGUUAAAGUGGUCACAUGGAACGAUGCUCAACAGAAGCUAACCUCAUCGGAUACGGAUGGUGUGAUUAUGGUUUGGAUGCUUUACAAGGGCUCUUGGUAUGAAGAGAUGACCAAUGAUCGCAAAAAAUCCACAGUGGCUGGAAUGAGUUGGACUUCGGAUGGUGCCAAAAUCUGCAUAGUCUAUGAGGAUGGAGCCAUUAUAGUGGGCUCUGUGGAUGGUAAUCGCAUAUUUGGCAAAGAACUGAAGAACACUCAUCUCACCGAUGUCCAAUGGAGUCCCGACAAUCGUCUCAUACUCUUUGCAUUGGUCAAUGGUGAAUGCCAUCUAUACGAUAAUCAGGGAAAUUUUGCAAUGAAACUCCAUAUACAAUGUGUGAGUCUUAAUGGUUCCUCAUCGUCCAGAACUAUGCGCAUAGCUAGUAUUAGUUGGUUCAGUGGCGGCUCUGCCAAUACACGUUCAUUUAAUAGUCGAAAUCGUCCAGUUUUGGCCAUUUGCUAUGAGAAUGGCAAAGUACAAAUUAUGCGCAAUGAAAAUGAUGAUGCUCCGGCAAUAUUUGAUACUGGAAUGCGUAAUGUGGAUGCCAAGUGGAAUCACGAUGGCAGCGUUUUGGCCAUUUGUGGUACAACAUUGGACACCGUGACACCGGCCCCAUUACGGGACACAAAUCAAGUUUGCUUCUAUUCACCACUAGGCAGACUUUAUAGGACCCUCAAGGUGCCUGGUAGUGAUAUCACAUCUUUGAGUUGGGAGGGCAAAUCAUUGCGCAUUGCCAUGGCUGUUGAUUCUUUUAUAUAUUUUGCCAAUAUACGUCCGGAUUAUAUUUGGUGUUACUUUGAGAAGACUGUGGUGUUUCUCAGUGGCUCGAGCAGCAGCAGCAGUGGCAAAGAUCCCUCCUCAACAAAUGUAAUUACAUUUUGGAAUACGGUUUCGAAUCAAAGUUUUCUCAAAGAGGUUGAACCAACUCUAAGCCUGGCUGCGAGUAGCGAACACUGUGUCCUGGGUGUGGAGUGUGUUAGUAAUAAUAUCAAAGAGAUUGCUCUGAGUAUGUUGGAGCGACGCCAAACUAACGAUGAUAGAGUCUAUCAAUUGCUACUUUGUAAUUCCAUUGGAACCACUGUUGAUUCCAAGUAUACGGAUAUACGUCCUAGCUUUGUGGGCAUCAAUUCCAGUUAUGUAGCCAUUGCCUCACAAGAGGAGAUACUCAUUUGGCAUUAUCAUACGCCAAAGAGUUCAUCCACUUUGCAUAGUGUCAAGGCGCGCAAGGAGAAGCGUUUUCACAUUGAUGAUACACCCACAGGUGUGGAAAUGGCCAAAGAUUUGAUGCUGAGCACCACCACCAGCAGCAGUGGAGUUGGCGGCGGUGGUGCCAGCUCAAGCGAUGCUCAAUUCCAGCAAUGUGGCAUCAAUGAUCCCAUCUGUGCUCUGGCAUUAUCCGAGAAACUUCUGCUGGUGGCCAGGGAAUCGGGUGUAAUCAAUGAGUAUAGCAUUGCAAAUGUGGCUCUAAGGAAUCGCCAUACAAUGCACUCAAAGGUCUAUAAAAUGGCGAUCAACUGCAACUCCACUCGCGCUGCCAUCAUUGAUCAUAUGGGUGUGAUGACGCUCCUCGAUUUGGAUGACAAUCGUGAGACGCAAUUGAAUUUUAGUCGUGUGGAACGCAAAGAUGUCUGGGCUGUUAGUUGGGCCAAGGAUAAUCCUCUAUUGCUUGCAUUGAUGGAAAAGACGCGCAUGUACAUCUUUCGUGGCAAUGAUCCCGAAGAGCCCAUUUCCUGUUCGGGUUAUAUUUGUAAUUUUGAGGAUUUGGAAAUCACCAGCGUAUUGCUGGAUGAUAUCAUUAGCAUUGGUGAGCUACAGAACUCUACGCAUAUUAUACAGUUGCGUGUUAAGUCGCUGCGUGACACGGAUGAUCUGUUGGAACAUGUCGGACUGGAGGAUGCCAAGCAAUUCAUUGAGGAUAAUCCACAUCCGAGGCUAUGGCGUUUGCUUGCCGAGUCGGCUCUAAAGAAACUGGAAUUGGACACGGCGGAAAAUGCUUUUGUUCGUUGUGCUAAUUAUCCGGGUAUUAAGCUUAUCAAGAGGCUGAGAAAUAUCAAUUCUCAGGUUCUACAGAAAGCCGAGAUUUCGGCAUUUUAUGGUGAAUUUGAGGAGGCCGAAAAACUCUAUAUGGAUGCAGACCGCAGGGACUUGGCUAUUGACUUGAGAAUGACUCUCUGUGAUUGGUUUCGUGUGGUUCAGCUCUAUCGCAUGGGCGGAUCAGGGGUCUCAGAUCAACAGAUGGAAACGGCUUGGCGAGAAAUCGGUCAUCAUUUUGCCAAUCUCAAGUCAUGGGAGAGCGCCAAGGAGUAUUAUGAGAAAUCUCAUUAUAUUGAGGGCUUCAUGGACGCUCUCUAUCAUUUGGAGCAGUUUGAUGACCUGGAGAAGUGUGUGGAGAAAUUGCCAGACAAGAGUCCGCUGCUCACAAAACUGGCCGACAUGUUGGCCUCUGUUGGCAUGUGCUCGGAGGCAGUUCAGGCCUAUCUAAAGUUUGGAGAUCAGAAAGCCGCUGUUAAUACCUGCGUCAAUCUGCGACAAUGGGGUCAAGCGGUGGAGCUGGCUCAAAAGUAUCAAAUGCCCCAGGUCAACACUUUGCUGUCCAAACAUGCCCAACAGCUGCUUAAUGAGGGACGUCUUACCGAGGCCAUUGAGCUGCAGCGCAAGGCCGGACGAUAUUUGGAUGCAGCUCGCCUUCUAACCAAAUUGGCAGAGCGAGAGCUAGACAAGCAUGCCCCAUUGAUGCGUAUUAAGAAGAUUUACAUUCUUGCCGCAUUGCUGGCCGAGGAACAUCUCAAGUCAGUGGCAACGCCGGAACUGGAUUAUGCCUCUGGCAGGAAUACCCUGCUGGAUUCCAUUAGCUUGGAGGAUGCGGCUAGCAUUGAGCGAAUGUGGCACUGUGCCGAAGCCUACCAUUUCAUGCUGCUGGCCCAGCGACAGUUGCGCUUUGGCAUUAUGCACAGUGCCGUGAUAACUGCCCUGCGAUUGCGUGACUAUGAGGAUGUGUUGCCCGUGGAGGAUAUCUAUAGCCUUCUGGCAUUGGCCAGCUGCGCGGACAGAUCUUUUGGCACCUGUUCCAAGGCUCUGAUGAAACUGGAGUCACUGAAUAUGCUACCUGAAAAGAGUCAGCAGGACUACGAAGAGCUGGCAGUCAAUAUAUUUGCCAAAAACGAACCAAUUGACAAUAAAGUAGACACGGUGGCCUGCUAUGCAUGUGCAGCCAAUGUGCCCGAUUGUUUUCCUUCGUGCACGGAAUGUGGAGCUCGUUUUCCUGCGUGCAUCUCAUCGGGUAAGCCCAUCACACAGCCAACGAGCAACAUAUGGAUAUGCACCACUUGUCACCACUGUGCCUCACCCAUGGAAAUCACUCGGCAUCGUACAUGCCCCUUGUGCCACAGUCUCAUUGUCUCAAUGACUGUGGAAUUUUGAAAAUGAAAUUCGCAAAUCACUAAGACUUAAGUUCAAAUAAAGGCUAAGAAAGUAGUAUUUUUAAAAUGAAA